GUAACAAAACAAAUGCGGAGAGAAAAUUUUUUAUUGUGUCAGUCAGAUUCCGAGAAUGAAAACGAACGAGUUGGUCGGUGUGUACGACGGAGCGUAGUAUAUUAAUGGAAUAAGCAGCAAAAAUUAGAUGAUUACGCGCGCUUAAAGCAAAACGAGAGUGAAAUCUAUUGCAAUUGAUGUCUGUCAAUGUGAAUAUUUAUGAGAAGAAAAAAAAAACAACAACAAAUUCAAUUGAAUAAGAAGAUGUUCAAAGAAUUGUGACGUCAUUGAAUUCAUAAUCAAAACAUACCAAAAAGAAAAAAAAAAAUAAAUACAAAAGCAGAAACACACACAACACGUACAACAAUAACAAAGGUCGUUCGCUUGUGUUGUUGCUAUUGAAAUCACUAUUUGUUUGUACGGCGACACUUCUGCUCCGCUGCCGAUUUAAAGUGUAAACCAGAAAAAUCCAAAAUCAAAAUAAAAAAAAUACAAAUCAAGUUCAUUUUAAUAUCGGUUUUAAGUUAAUUCCUAAUUCAAAAUGCAUAAAACACAAAGAGUUAUAAGCCAAAUUGGCCGAACUUUGCUAAAGAAACAACAACAAUUCCAUAUACAACAACAACAGCAGCAACAACAAAGUCUAUUAACCUUAGCCUGUUGUUCAGCAGCCCCAGCUGAUGUGCCAACAUUCAUAAUACCGCCAUCCAAAAAUAACAGCACCAAUCUAAGCAAAAAGAAUAGACCUUCAUUAUCGCCCUCAUUUGUUUAUCCCGCCCAAAGCUAUUCGAAAUUUACUGCCGCCCGUGAAUCUUUGCCACUGGGCUCCCAUCCCCUGUGCGAAGAAAGGGCUCUCGAUCUAAUAUCAAAUCUAAAGGAAACUGAGCUGGCUGCCAUUAAAUUGGCUCUGGCCAAAUAUGAGGCUAAAAAACAAAAGGAAGGUUUUGAGGGCAAACUAGCAGCAACACAAUGGCGUACUCGAUUUGGUCGUCUAUCCAAAGUACCAGCUUUGGGUGAAGUGGAUCCAACCGGAUCAUUUUGUGCCUUUCCCGACAAUUGGUUAAAAAUGAAAGCCGCCGAAAAAGCUGUUAGUCCCUCUAGUGCGGAUUUAUGGAAAAUUUUCUUUGUAAAUGCUGUGCCAUUUGUUGCUUUCGGUUUUCUGGAUAACUUCACUAUGAUUAUCGCUGGUGAUUACAUUGAGUAUUUAUUCGGUACCUUUAUGUGUAUAUCCACCAUGGCUGCAGCUGGUUUGGGUAACACGAUCAGUGAUGUCUUAGGCAUUGGUUCGGCCUACUAUGUGGAACGUGGUUGUGAAAUAUUGGGCUUAAGGCCACCAGAUCUAACACCCAUACAGAUGGAAAUGAAAUCUAGUCGUAGAGCCGCGAACUACGGUCGUAUUAUUGGUAUUACUGUCGGUUGUUUGGUGGGUAUGUUCCCACUUCUGUUUAUGGAUCGCAAAGCCAUCGAAGAUGAGCGCAAAGAGGAAGAAGAACGAAAAAAGCUGGAACUUAAACCCAAAGCAGAAACAGAUAAUGAUGCUGCAAUAUCAUCAACAACAUCAGCUCAAUAAAUCAAAAAAAGAAACUAACUAAAAUUAGUUGUAAUUUUCCGUUUUCUUUUUCUGCAUUCUAUGCGCCUUGUAUUUUUCUUUAUGUCUAAAUCACACUUAUUUCUUUCUUUGAAAACUAUUCUGUAUUUCUUUUUUCUCUUAGACUAUUGUUUAAAGUUAAACUUCGACUUUCGCUUUAUUUCAAUUGUGUAGCAUAAACAAAGAUUACAAAAAGGGAAUUUAUUAACAUAGCGAUAUUAUUUUUUAGUUCUACCUCCUGUUUAAUUUUAAAAACUUAAUAUACAUACAACAGACACAAUAAUUAUUAAACAUACAAUAUUAUUUUGUAGUAAUGGCGGAUUUAUGUUUGUAUUUUAUAAAAAAAGCAAAAGAUUACAAAUCAACAUCUAUUUUAAUGUUAUUAUAUUAUUUAAGAGAUAAAACCUAAAAAACAAUAAACAAUUAAUAAUG